GCCGUGAUGAAGUUCAAGAACCCUCCGGUGAACAGCCUGAGCCUGGAGCUCCUCACGGAGCUGGUCAUCAGCCUGGAGAAGCUGGAGAAUGACAAGUCCUUCCGUGGUCUCAUCCUGACUUCAGACCGCCCCGGCAUCUUCUCUGCCGGCCUGGACCUGAGGGAGAUGUGCGGGCGGAACCCGGCCCACUAUGCCGAGUACUGGAGAGCGGUGCAGGAGCUGUGGCUGAGGCUCUAUCUGUCCAACAUGGUGGUGAUCUCGGCCAUCAACGGCGCCUCUCCUGCCGGGGGCUGUCUGAUGGCUCUCUGCUCAGACUACAGAGUCCUGGCUGACAACCCCAAGUACAAUAUAGGACUGAAUGAGACCCUGCUUGGCAUCGUCGCCCCCUUCUGGUUCAAAGACACGUUAGUGAACACCAUCGGGCACCGGACGGCAGAGCGGGCCCUACAGCUCGGACUGCUCUUCCCCCCUGCAGACGCCCUGCAGGUGGGCAUGGUGGACCAGGUGGUACCCGAGGACCAGGUGCAGAGCAAAGCCCUCUCCGUGAUGGCCCAGUGGCUGGCCAUCCCAGAACAUGCUCGACAGCUGACCAAGAACAUGAUGCGCAAAGCCACAGCAGAUCUCCUGAUCAAACAGCGUGAGGCCGACAUCCAGAACUUCGUCAGCUUCAUCUCCAAAGACUCCAUCCAGAAGUCCCUGCACAUAUACUUAGAAAAGCUCAAACAAAAGAAAGGUUAAGCUCAGCUGCAGACGGGUUUCAAGCCCACCAGGAGAGUCCUCAGGGCCGCUCAAGGUUCUCUGGGGGUCAAGCAAGGGAUUUUUCAGCUUACAAAGCCCUCUCACUUUACAUUUCCUGAUUGUCUUAGAUGGAAGGCCCUCCACCUUCCCGCCUGACAGGACAGGGUAUGGACUUUGGAAAUGAGUGGCAAGGGGACACUGUAUACGUUUGUACUUGAGUGUCCCCUGUCCCAAAGCAGAAUUGUAAAUAAAGUCCUUUUGACCUGUCCUACCCUCCCUGCCUGCUGGACAGGGAGUCCAGGCAGUUUAGGAA